AUGAGCGACCGGCAGCCGUCCGCGGGCGACGAAAAACCCAUGCCGCCGCCACUGCAACCGCUCUUGACCAAGAACGGCUCUGCAGGGUCUACAGGGUCUGCGGGGUCAAGUGGCACCAGCGGUACCGGUGGCGCCAGCGGGAUGAGCGGCGUAGGCGGCUCGAGCGGCGCAAAUUCGAAUUCUGCUGGUGGUCCUGCUGGCGCCGGUGUGCUGCAAAUACCGCCUCGGGCUGAUUCUGUACCGCCCCUGGCUGCCGCCUCUCAGCCGUAUCAGACGCAGCACAGCUUUUUGUCAGCUGCGUUCCAGCAACCGCAACGAGGCUACGCACCAAAUUACGGUUUACCUAUGUCUGCUAAUAAGCAGCAGCCCAUGCCACCAUACACUGCAAGCUACACACCACCUUUGGGGCCAGGUUACUUGCCUAGCCCUAUUCCUCAGCUGAUGCUCAACGAAAAGUCCAUGGACUUGCACCGCGGAUUCCAGCAACAGUUCCCCGUAUUUCACGCUCCGCAACCACAUUUCGCGCCCACAAUGGAGUCUGACAGCUCCAUGAAGAAACGCCGAUUACUGGACUACUCUGACCAACGCUCCGAGGCGGUCAAAGACCGCGGCGCCACCAAAAAAAAUGGAAAUGAAGCCAUUUUGAGGGACCUCGCAAUGGAGAACAAGGCGAGGCCUCUAAGUGAGUGCGCGUUGACUGUCAGGGAAGCAGAAAUCGCAGUCUUGAACAUGGACCCCACAACCCACUCAAAGUCGGAAAUCCAGGCUGCUGAGCAGGUUCGUGAGCGCGAGCGCCAAGUUUAUGCACUCACAUGGCUGAUGAACACCUGUGUUGAAGAAAAGAACAGUUUUGUUCCUAGAGGACGUAUCUUUGCACAAUAUGCAGCCUGUUGCGCACAAAACAACCUAAAACCCUUGUCACAAGCGACACUUGGUAAACUGAUCAGAACUAUCUUUCCGGAUUUGACUACCCGGAGAUUGGGUAUGCGUGGUCAAUCAAAGUACCAUUACUGCGGCUUGAAUUUGAUCGGAUCUUCGAGAUCUGCCUCUCCAGUUCCCUCUCUGGGCAACUCUGAUCUGGGCGGCGUAAACAACGUUCAGAACAUCAGCAAUGUCAACGUGGGGGUGAACAACAGCAGCAACAACAGCCUUUAUUCUUCGAUUCAAGGACAAGGCGUUGCGGCCUUGAGUUCAGAAACCCCAUCCAUUUUCCAGGAGAGUCACGAGGCUCGAAGCGAUAAGUGGGAGGACGUCGCACAUUGGGAUUGCUUGAGAAUUGCAGAUGAACUUUUCCACAAUGUUUCCACUGUCGACGUUAAUGUGUCUCUCGAGAUUCCUUCCAUUAACAGUUACUUGCCGCCGAACACUGACAUUGACAUUGCUGCAUCGCUUGAAUGCAUGUAUAAAGUGCACUGCAACACCGUGCAUGAGAACAUUAGUUUCGCGAAAUUUGAUGCUCUAACAAACACCCUGGAGUCGUUCAGCUCCGGAUCUAUUUCUCCUCAAAUGUUCAACUUGUUCAUCUCUGAGGCUUUAUAUGACUGGGUACAACAGGCAGACCUUGUAACACACAAGGCUACUGCAAAGUCUCUCUUCAAAUUCAUAAAAGAGUUUGCCACUUUACCCUCUUCCGUUUCCGAAAAACUGGCCAGUUUUGCACAUUCCUAUCCAGAAAUGAUUUCAAAUGCCAACAUUGACUUGCCGGUUCCUAUGGUCAGAAACAAGGUAUCAAUCGCCGAGAAAUUUGCUAAGCUUGUUAAACGUACCACAAGAGUCAUAAGGACAGCUAAAAGCGCGUCCAAAGCUUACAGAACUGCAACCUCGCGCGAAGAGAUGUAUAUGGACUGGAAAAAAUUGAUUAAAGUCAAGGACAUUUGUCGGACUGAACUUUACUGCUGCAGGAACGAUGAAGCAUCUCUUAAUGAGAUAACCUCUUUCAUUAUCCAAAUGAUUGAAGGCUUCUUUGACCGCGACGAACAUUCUAUAAGUGAGGACUUUCCAAUGGAGCUCGCGGCGCAACUUUUAACUUUUCUCAAAAAAAUCAGGGAUCACCCAGUUUCCGUAGUCAUUGCCUGCACAAACGUGGUAACUACGGGAGUCAUACGAGAAUUGAGCAUAAUGGGUUCCGAGCACGCGGGAUCAUGGUGGGCUAUCAAAACCUUUAUAGACGAAUGGCUGUAUUGGUGCGAUGAAGUUGGCACAUUUAUGAUCUCGCCGCUUUAA